UUCUCUACAGGCAAAAAGAUGACGGUAAUAGAUCCGUAUAAAAUGGAUCUCCGAUUCACUUACGAUAUACAGAAAUGGAUGGGAAUUAAUGAGACGAUUACUGCCACUUAUUAUGACUACAGAACUCAUAGUUUUCAUCUAUUCUUCAAUAAUAAUAAGUAUCGCAUUUGGAAAGUGAAUGUCCCUCUAAUGAAUUCACUGCCAAUGGGAUGGGACAGGGCUUUCCUUCACGGCUCGCUCAGCAAUGCUCUCAAAAUAAAUAAGGAUUUCUUUCAAUUCAAUGAACGAGAGCUAAAGGAUUACAAUCAACCGCUGUUUCAACAAGAAGUGGUCGAUCUUAACGAUGACGACGAAGACGUGGACGAGAAUAACGAAGACGUGAUCGAAGAGAAGAUGGAAAACAAUUUGGAGGAAAAUAGUCGUCAAAAAGAGCUUCAAUUGAUUACUGAAGUGAAUAACGAUUUGGAGGACAACAGAAAAGUGGACAACAAUUUAGUGAAUGUCUACAAAGAUUACAAUGAUUUAUAUCAACGCAAUCCAGCCAUAUUGAGCGGCCAUCGGAUGUGUUGCCGUCGAGGGAACGCCGGUUGGUAUCAGCCGUUCCGAAGCGGCGCCAAGAAGUACGAAGACAUUCGGGAAGCGAAGUGGGAAGCGAUUCCCGAGUGGGAGAAACUGACC